AUGGCUCCCAACGCAUCAUUCGGGUUCAAUUGGAGGAAAUUGCUAGGAUGGGACAGACAUCCUUCGCGCGGCCACCAUGAUCAUUGGUGGCUCGAGUCCCGUCGCCGCCUUCUACCGAGCUACCACGAAGAGGCACUCGAGUCCGCGAUCCCGGCCCCCGAAGUCACCAAGAUUGCCCUCCGACUGCACCACCUCAUCGAGGAGUGUGUUCCUGUCGAGCUCGAGGAGGAGCAGAUUACCACGCCACAUAGCCGGGUCAUUACUCCCAAAGUCAUCCAGGCCGCUAAGGAAGCAGGAGGCCAGCAAUACAAGGCUUGUGUUAUCUUCUGCUUGCUGGUAAACAAGCGCUGGUUCAAGCACCAAGCUCAGGUCGAACUCUGGGAUGCUGAUCUGCACGGCCUUCGUGCCAUAGCGUGCGAAGUUAUUGCGAAACGAAUCAUCGAAGGCGAAGAGGAUAUGGACUACCUACUCCAUAAUGUUUUGCUCAAGCGGUACUCGAUCAUGGUCGAUAAUGAGGCAACUCCACCCUCGAAUGUCAUCGAAAAGGCUGUAGAUCUGCACGCAUUGCGUAUCAUUGGCUCCUCCGGCUAUCAAAAAUGUAUCAGCUACCUGUGGAGGGGAUGGUUGGUACAGGACGAGAACGAUCCAUCCAAUUUUGUCGAUUACAAGGACAAGGACAGCACCUCCUACUGGGUACACCUUGACCCCGAUCGUAUGCGCGCCCCAAUGUAUCAGAACUCGGCACAGCUCCUCAUAUCAUUGAUCUACCUGGCUCUCUAUACUGCAGCUAUCAAUACCAUCAACCGUGACGGUGACCUCGAUUUCGUCGAAGGCUUGCUGUACGCCUUCACUCUUGGGUUUCUGUUUGACGAGUUGACCAAAUUCUGGAAAGCCGGUUACCAUAUCUUAGGCUUCUGGAGCGCCUUCAAUGCCAUCCUGUAUGGGUUGCUGAUGACAAGCUUGGCGCUGCGCUUUGCUGCGUUUGCCCAUCCUGCAGACCCCGGAGGCGAGGAUACUCGCCGCACGGAUUUGAAUAAAUUAAGCUACAACUUUCUGGCCUUUUGCGCGCCCAUGUUCUGGAUGCGACUGCUGCUCUACCUCGACAGCUUCCGCUUCUUCGGUGCCAUGUUGGUUGUACUGAAGGUCAUGAUGAAAGAGUCAAUUAUUUUCUUUGCCUUGUUGGCUGUCAUUAUCAUUGGCUUUUUGCAGUCCUUCAUUGGCUUGGACUACGCGGAUGACAACUAUCUUGGUGAUGUCACUUUCAUUCUGCAGGCCAUGGCCAAUGCUCUCAUGCAGAGUCCGGACUUCAGUGGUUUCGAGCAGUUUGGAGCCCCCUUUGGAAUCAUCUUAUACUACUGCUUUACCUUCAUUGUCAUGGUUGUUCUGCUCAACAUUUUGAUUGCCCUGUACAACUCGUCAUACGAAGACAUCUACGGCAAUGCGGACGACGAGUACCUAGCUCUGUUUUCCCAGAAAACCAUGCAAUUCGUGAGAGCACCAGACGAGAAUGUCUUCAUUCCACCCUUCAACUUGAUCGAGGUCUUCUUCCUGGCUAUCCCAUUGGAAUGGUGGAUGAGCAAGAAACUAUACGAGAGAGUAAACGACAUAGUCAUGGCUGUCAUUUACUCCCCACUCAUCGUCGUCGCGGCGUACUUCGAAACGCGGACGGCCGGCGACAUCCGGUCGAACCGCUCUAGGGGCGAAGAGGACGACGACACGGUCGAGGAGUGGGAGCAGAUGGCCAGCGAGUGUGACUUCGAGGCGGACGGCUGGGGCAAGAAGGUCAGCCAGGCCAAGUCGAACCUUGAUGUUGAGCCUGCAGUGGCCGAAGUGCAGAAGCUGAAGGGCGAGAUUGACGAGCUGAAAGCUAUGAUUGCGGAGUUGGCCAAGGCGGUUGGCGCGUCGAAAAAUGGGGAGUCGUCUGGUAAUGGCGCAAAGGAUGAAUCUUUACUUUAA